CGUUGGGCUCAAGUCUCGCCACGCCGCCCGUCCGUGAUGACCGGAAAGCAGGUCUGUCAGAGUACCGGCCUGUUGUCUGUUCCUGGCAUCCCGGAUGAGGACGACGAGGCGACGCGUGAGCUGCAAAAUGGCAGCAGGCGCAGCACCAUCUGCAGCGACCAAGAACCCAAGGCACGGCCGAAAUUGAGCGAGUAUGUGGACAAGCUAGAGCUGGCUCUGUCCAAAUGUCUGUCAGACUACCGUGCUCAGGCUGAAGAUGUUCUGGCAGAGCACCUCACAGCUUUGGAAGACAUUCAGACGGCGUAUGAGCACGAGCUCGCCGGCAUGCAGCUGGAGAAUCAAACGCUGCGGGGUCGACUUGGACUGAAAAGUCCAGACGACGUGCAGAAGGUUCUCUUCCAAACAGCCCGUACUGCGGCGACGGGCGGCAGGCGGCCCUCGCGCGGGGGGCGACCCCAGCUUGUGGAUGAGUCGGAGAGCCCCAAGAACCGCGUAAGCACCGUCAAGUCGAAAGUGUCGAUCCAUUCACGCCGCAAUGGCACGCCCCUGCCCAGCGGCGCUGGGACUUGGCAGGCGUUCAUGGCCUGGGUGCCCUCCGGCGCAGCUUUGGGCUCACCCACACCAUGGAAGGCUUUGGAGGACCGGACCGCUUGUCCCGUGCCUCCUCAACGGCGCAAGAUGUCCACCGGUAGCGCUGGACCGGCGGACCGCAGCGGUUUUGCAGCCGUCGUCCCAGAGUGCCAAGAGAAGCCGGGGAAGCACGUGAUGGUGGAUGUCUUGGGCCAGGAGUGCUCAGACACCGACAGCGAUGAGACUAGAACGAUCGCCAGCAAAGAGGAAUUUGAAGUCCUCCCUGUCUUUCAGGCCUCGGAGAAGUUGGCACGGAAGCUGAAAAAGCACACUAAGUCGGAGGCGGCAAGCUCGGCGGUUUACCGAGAGGAGGAAGCAGACUUUGGUCAGCAAGUUCAGCCGUGGUACAUCCUGAAUCCCGACUCUCUGCCGCGGGUUCUCUGGGACGUCUUCAGCCUCUUCAUGAUCACUUACGACAUGAUCUUCGUGCCAUUGGAGGUUUGCUUCAACCCUGCGCAGACGACCUUUCUGGAAAUCCUUGACUGGACGACGCGCUUCUUCUGGACGUUCGACAUGGGCAUGUCUUGCAUUACUGGCUUUGUGUUCGCGGAUGGUGUCAUCCAGUACAACCAGCGCGAGAUCCUUCGUCACUAUGCCCGGACCUGGUUCCUGCCGGACGUCGCGAUCGUGUCUUGGGACUGGAUUGGAUACAUGGUCUCCGGCGGCGGCCUCGCGUUGGGACAGCUGGCUCGAGCCGUGCGCGUUGCCCGUGCAGUAAGGCUUCUCCGGUUGCUGCGGAUGCAAGAAGUCUUGGCGAACCUCACGGAGCGUCUCCAAUCUGAUGUGCUGGAGGUAAUCAUGCAGAUCUUGAAGUUGGUCGUGAUUCUUGUCGUCACAUGCCACUUUCUUGCUUGCUUUUGGUGGGCUGUGGGAACGAACGGCACCGAGACGGUUACCUGGGUCAAGGCCGGUGGCUAUGACAACUAUGCCUUCGACUCGUCCUAUCUCGUCUGCCUCUACUGGGCCAUCUCUUUGUUCUGCGGUGGAGCUCACAGCAUCUACCCGGAGACUGACAGCGAGAGGUUUUACGGGGUUGCAUCGGGCCUCCUCAGCUUCGUGCUCAUGCUGGUCAUGUUCGGCACUCUGACAUCGGGGCUGACACAGCGGCACAUCAUUGCCCCAGAGCGGAAGACAAGAGUCAAGCCGACGAAUCGUUUGUAA